UUAGUUCAGUUGUCCACCGUUCGCGGCAAGUUGCUGCCCACAUUUUCUGUCAUUCCUGGAAAAAUACACAGGAUUGCAAGCAGUUUGAUUUUGUGAACUGACACUUACCCAGGGAUUUGUGUUUUUUCCUGACGUUUGACAGAACUUCUCCAUGUUUUCCGCUGGUACAGACGAGUUUGUUCACGAUCAAGAUGAUGAACAAUACUAUGAUUUUAUUAGUGGUGCAGCAGGCAUGUUGGCCAUUGCAGGGAUUGGAGUUGCUGCUGCUUCGGCUUAUUACUUGGCCAAGAAACCUGCUCCAAUACAGCCGCCGUUCAAUUUGGACAAUCAAACGAUGGUUGAGGGCCCGGACUUGAUCCACUAUUCCAGAUUUUCACCACAUGGAAAUGAAAUGAAAUUCAUGCGAUAUCUGUACGACGACACCCGGACUCUCUACGACGUAAUGCCUCGUGGAUCACGCAUUUCAAAUAAUGGACCUUGUUUGGGUUGGAGAGCUGAUCCCUCGUCAAAGUAUCAAUGGAUAAGUUAUCAAGAAACUAUGUUGCGUGCACAAAAUUUUGGUUCUGGUCUAGUGGCUCUUGGCUUGAAGCCUGGAUCCGACACUCUAGUCGGCGUCUAUAGCCAAAACAAUCCCGAAUGGGUGUUGAGCGAAUAUGCCCUCUACACCUACUCCAUGGUCGUUGUGCCACUUUACGAUACUCUGGGACCUGAUGCUUGUCAGUUCAUUAUCAAUCAAGCCGAGAUGUCACUCGUUAUUUGUGAGAACGAUGAAAAGUGUAGGUCCUUACUAAAAGACAUACCUGCCUGUCUUAAACAUUUGGUUCACAUUAAACCACUUUCUAACGAAACAAUUGAAUUGGCCAAACGAAACGGUAUCAACAUAUUAAGUUUCCACGACGUCGAAAUGUUGGGCAACGAAUAUAAAUUCAAGCCAGUGCCACCUAGACCCGAGGACUUGGCCAUCAUUUGCUACACGUCUGGAACGACCGGGCACCCCAAGGGUGUCAUGCUCACUCACGAGAACGUGAUUGCCGACGCCAGUGCUAUAUUACUACAUAUGGGAGAUACGAAGCCCAACAGCUCGGACGUGAUGAUUUCGUUCCUUCCCUUGGCCCACAUGCUGGAACGCAUAUCCCAUUUAGUCCUCUAUAUAGGUGGAGGUGGUAUUGGUUUCUUUGGCGGUGACAUCCGGAAUUUGAUGGACGACAUGCAGGCUCUUAAGCCCACCAUCACGCCAGCUGUUCCACGUUUAUUCAAUCGCAUUUACGAUAAAGUUCAAUCUGGUUUGAGCAACUCGAAAGUUAAGCGUUUGCUUUUUAACGCUGCUCUCAGUUCGAAAGAGAGAGAUCUGCGACGUGGUAUCAUCCAGAGGAACACCAUCUGGGACAAACUCAUCUUCAAAAAAGUUCAAGAUGGAAUGGGAGGACGGAUCAGGUUAAUUGUAGUGGGUUCAGCUCCUUUGGCUGGAGCUGUUAUGAACUUUAUGCGAUGCGCACUAGGAUGCGUCAUUGUCGAAAGUUACGGACUUACGGAAUGUGCUGCCCCCACGACUUUAACUGUUAAUGGGGAUUAUACUCCGGAACAUGUUGGUACACCGAUUCCUUGCUGUGCUAUUAAAUUAAUUGACGUACCCGACAUGAAUUAUUAUGCUGCUAGUGGCCGUGGUGAGAUUUGUGUCAAAGGCACUAAUGUCUUCAAAGGCUAUUUCAAAGACCCUGAGAAGACAAAAGAGACCUUGGACAAUGAUGGCUGGUUGCACACGGGGGACAUCGGCACCUUUUUAGAUAACGGAACGUUGAAGAUCAUCGAUCGAAGGAAACACAUCUUCAAAAUGUCGCAAGGUGAAUACAUUGCCCCGGAGAAGAUUGAGAGUAUUUACAUCAAAAGCCAAUAUGUUGCGCAAGUUUUCGUGCACGGUGAAAGCCUCAAGUCAUGCACAGUCGGAGUCGUUGUACCAGAUGAAGAGAGCGUCAGGCACUAUGCAAAUCAGCAUGGUAUUUUUGGUAGCCUUUCGGCUCUCUGUAACGUACCCGAAAUGAAGCAGCUUAUACUGAAUGAUUUAACUGAUUUGGGGAAAAAGGGGGGCCUGAAAUCCUUCGAACAGGUAAAAGAUAUCUACUUGCAUCCAGAUCUCUUUACGGUAGAGAAUGGUUUGUUAACACCGGUACUCAAGUCUAAACGCCCGGAACUUCGCACAUAUUUCCGAGAUCAACUUGUGGAUAUGUACCGUAAAUUUGACUGAAAAGAUUCCUGCUGCUAAUACCACCGUUCUCCAGUGAUAUACGUACGUCAGGCAACUUCAUGAUCUGGCCGCAAUAAUUCAAAUAAUAAUCUUACUUAUUGUGCCACCUCCUCAACAGAAAAUUAUUAUACACAUCAUGGGUAAUAAACAAAAAGGAUUACAUAAAAUGCAUGGUAAUCCAGGCAA